AUGAAAUAUAACUUAAAUUUUGGUUCAAUUACAAAUUUUGUCCAAGGAAAGUUGUGGAAAGAGAAAGUAACCCAGUAUGAAGGAAAAAUAGUAUUUCCCUACUUUUUAUACAUUGAUGACUUUGAAAUUAACAAUCCAUUGGGAUCCCAUGCAAGUUUUCAGUCAAUAGCAGCUAUUUAUUAUAAUUUUCCUCUUAUGAAGAACAAUGCCAAACUUUCUAAUAUUUUUUUAGCAGCUUUAAUAAAAUCAGUUGACCUUAAAGAAUUUGGAAACUAUUCUAGUUUAAACAUAUUAAUAAAUGAAUUAAAUACACUUGAAAGAGAAGGAUUAAGUAUUUCAACAGAUCAAGGAAAUGUUCAUGUCCAUUUUUUACUUGGUUUAGUUUUGGGUGAUAAUUUGGGUCUGAAUAGUAUAUUAGAAUUCAGUAAGUCUUUUUCAGCAAAUUAUUUUUGUCGAUUUUGCAAAUCUCAUAAAACUGAUACACAUAGCCUUUACGAAGAAGAUACUUCUUGUUUACGUACGAUUGACAAUUAUUUGGAAGAUGUAGAAAAAAUGAAUUUUAGUGAAACAGGAAUAUAUAAAGAAUCAGUUAUGAACUCUAUAUAUAGUUUUCAUGUGACUAAAAACUUUUGUGUAGAUGUCAUGCACGAUAUUUUUGAAGGUGUAUGUCAUUAUGACAUGUGCCACAUUAUAAAAUAUUAUGUCAACACUAUUAAAAUAUUUUCCUUGACAACUUUAAAUAAUCGUAAAAAAAAUUUCAACUAUGGUCCAAUUGAAGUUGGUAACAUUUCACCUGAAAUAACAGAUUUGAAUUUAAGUAAAUUACAUUUAAAAAUGUCUGCAAGAGAAAUGAUGACAUUCAUUCAUUUUUUUUCUCUUAUGAUAGGAGACUUGGUUCCUGAAGGUGAUGAACCCAAGCAUCAUAAUUUGAUUCAUUAUCCUACUGUAAUUGAACAUUCUGGUCCUCCUAGGCAUUACUGGUGCUUUAGAUUUGAAGGCAAACACAAGGAACUAAAAAUGUAUGCUCGAUCAACAUCUUCAAGGAAGAAUAUAACAUUAACACUGCCUAUUUGGGACAUGCUUUCUCUUUCAAUAACAGAUUUCAAGUGUUAUAGUCAAAUAGAAUAUAUGGGCACAAUAUAUAAAAGAGGUUACUAUUUAACCAAGUACAUUGAAGAUUUAUGCUUAUAUGAAAUUUUAGAAAUAUUAAUAUUUAAUUGUUCAAGUGAUAAAGUGUACAUAAUAGCUAAACAAAUUAAAAUAGUUAGUCACCAUUCUCAUCUUGAGGCCUUUGAAGUUGAUGGAAAUAAAUACAUUUUUAAUGAGUGUUUAAUAUUUCAUAUUAAUGAAUUUAGUGGACCACCCAUUAAUGUCACUAAAAUAGCUUCUGGAAAAUUAAUGAUACGCCCAAAAGAAUAUUGUUUUUAA